ACCUCAGAGCCAAGCUCAGCAUCUCCGGAUCAUCCUGUCCUGGUCUAUGUCAACAACUGCAGUCAUGAAUGUAGGCAUCCAUGUGUGUGUUAUCCUGGCAGUUUUGUCCGCUGGAUCCCUGAGUCUGCCUUCACGGUCUAUGACAGCUGAGAGUUUGGCUCUUGUGACAAAAAGCCUCCCCGCUCCCUCAGCCAACCACACGCGGCUGAGCCGCUCUGCUCCGGCGCCCCCCCCAGGCCAGCUCCUCCACUACAUCCAUCCUCAGGAGGACUCAGACCCAAACAACCUGAGCCGGCUACUGGCAAGACUCAUCUCCGGGAAAGGCUCGGCCGUCCAGACCAGAUCCUCCAUCUCCAGCAGAGCCGCCCCCAGCCACAGGAUAAAGGACAGAGAUUACCUCGGUUGGAUGGACUUUGGACGACGUAGUGCAGAGGAGUAUGAAUACUCCCCAUAAAGGAGCAGGUGGCUUUCUUCAACCCCGACGUUCGACCCCCAGCACCCCAAUCAAAGCCAGCAAAAACACCGAACCCCCCUCACUCUGGCCAGGCCUGAUCCUGCAGUUAGUUUAACAUCACAUCACGCACCGAGACUGGAAUCAUCUCUUAAAUUAUGAAUUCUGUGAUCUGUGAACCCAAACAUUCAAAUCUUAGAGCACUUUCUAAAAUGUGCCUCACAAUAACUUUACAGGACAAAGCACACAGUAGUAAAGGUUUUUCUGUUUUUACAUCUCUCUGAGCUUUCUGACUACCCAACAAGCAGUAAAGGUUGAACACAAAUGCAGAAUUAAACAUCUUUUUCUGUCAUUUGCUAGCAAAGAAAAAUGUAUCAUGAGCCAUUUAACAUUUUCAAAUAACUGCUAAAAAUAAGAAGUAAUCAAAACAAGGUGAUAAGCAGUUUCUUCAGCUGGAUGAAGACGUGUCAGCCAGGUAAACACCAGGACAAGACUAUG